AUUGAACCUUUGCAGAUAUUUACUGCGGGCGCUGAAGAGAGAGAGAGAGAGAGAGAGUCCUCUGACGCCAGCUAGGAUAAUAAAAGGUUUCUACAUCGUCUCAGGAGAAUGGAAGGAGAUGAAGAAGUAUCUGUACCAAGUGAAAAGAAAAGGAGAUUCAAGAGGAUUUGUGUCUUCUGUGGGAGUAAAGCUGGAUACAAGUCUACGUUUAGUGAUGCAGCUCUUGAACUUGGUAAACAACUGGUUGAAAGAAAAAUAGAUUUGGUUUAUGGUGGAGGAAGUGUAGGUCUAAUGGGUUUGGUCUCCCAGACUGUUUUCGAUGGAGGUUGCCAUGUACUUGGAAUAAUUCCAAAAGCUCUCUUGCCACAUGAGAUAUCAGGAAAAACUGUUGGAGAAGUGAAAACUGUUGCUGAUAUGCACGAAAGGAAGUCUGAAAUGGCCAAACAUGCUGAGGCUUUUAUUGCUCUCCCUGGUGGUUAUGGAACCAUGGAGGAGCUACUGGAGAUGAUAACAUGGUCUCAGCUAGGAAUUCAUGAAAAACCAGUGGGGUUAUUGAAUGUUGAUGGAUAUUAUAACAGCUUGCUUGCAUUUUUUGAUAAAGGAGUGGAAGAAGGUUUCAUAGAGAACUCUGCAAGACAUAUCGUUGUCUCAGCAGACACAGCAGAAGAACUGAUCAAGAAAAUGGAGGAGUAUGCACCACUUCAUGACAAAGUUGCACCAAGACAAAGUUGGGAGGUGGACCAGUUAGAGUCUACACCAAGUGGACAUAAUUUAUGAUCUUAAUCCAACGUACCAAUUUGUAUAUGUACACCAAACAUAUAUUUUUACCUCCAUCAUCUUAUCAUUUAAAACAUCUCUCUCUCUCUCGUUGUUGUUUCUUAUUUGUUCAUCUUUUCAGGGAUGUGGUACAAGGGCUUGGUUUGUGUUUUGUGGUCU